AGCGGCAGGCAGGCAGGCAGGCGUUCGUUCAUGAGGAGGGAGAACUCGCCUCUCCAACCUUCGCCUUCUCCUCUUCGUCAUGGAGGCUCGGGCGACCUUCUGCCGCGAGGAAAUCAACAGCACCGUGUGGGAGGUUCCGGAGAAGUACACCCAUCUCAAGCAGAUCGGAACCGGGGCGUACGGUUGUGUUUGCUCAGCAACAAAUGAGAAGAUUAAGGAGAGAGUGGCCAUCAAGAAGCUCCACAGGCCCUUCCAAUCAGAGAUCUUCGCUAAAAGGGCAUAUCGGGAACUGCGGUUGCUCAAACACAUGAAGCAUGAAAAUGUGAUAGGACUUCUUGAUGUGUUUACACCCGUUUCAAGCCUCGAUGACUUCCAGGACUUCUACCUGGUGAUGCCUUACAUGUUUACUGACCUGUCAAAGGUGCGAGGUCAUCUCUCCGAAGACAAAGUCCAGUUUCUUGUCUACCAAAUGCUGUGUGGACUCAGGUACAUUCACAAGGCAGGAAUUAUUCACAGGGAUCUCAAACCUGGAAACUUGGCUGUAAACCAAGACUGUGAGCUGAAGAUCCUAGACUUUGGGCUAGCUCGGAGUACCGACGCUGAGAUGACAGGCUAUGUGGUGACCCGUUGGUACCGGGCGCCUGAGGUCAUUCUGAACUGGAUGCACUACACACAGACUGUGGACAUCUGGUCAGUGGGCUGCAUCAUGGCCGAAAUGAUCAACGGAAAAACCCUUUUCAAAGGGAAAGACUACAUGGACCAGCUGACACAAAUCAUGAAAGUGACCGGAGUGCCUGGACCAGAGUUCAUCCAGAAGCUGGACAGCGCGGAGGCAAAGAAAUAUGUGAAGGCUCUUCCUCACUAUCCUCGAAAAGACUUCUCGACGUUGUUUCCCCUAGCCAGCGCAAACGGCAUUGACCUGCUGGAGAAGAUGCUGGUCCUGGACGCUGACGAGAGGCCCACAGCUGAACUGGCGCUGGAGCACCCGUACUUUGACAGCCUCAGGGACCCAGAUGACCUCCCUGAGCCCGAACCGUACGAUGACAGCCACGACAAUGCCAAGUUAUCUCUCGAGGAGUGGAAGCGGUUAUGUUUCCGAGGGGUGAAGAGCUUUGUGCCUUUCCCCCGGCGAGACUCCAAGAGGAAAAACACAUUGACUAUGACUCCCUGACUUGAUAAAUGUCUUGUGGAAACAUACAUGUAUGCUCAUGUCCUAACUACUGCACAGCCAAUUGUGCCCUUGUAUAUUACAAUUAAGCAUUCCUUUUAUUGCUUUCAACCUGAUCAUUUUUACAUUUCAAAUCAUUUUUUUAAAAACUAUUUUGAGUCAAGUGUAGGUGUUUGUGAAAGAGACAUUUCAUGUUACUCAUUCAAUUUCCUUUCGGUGAAUUGCCUUGUAACCCCCCCCCCCCCCCCCCCCCCCCCCCCCCAGUAUAACAACUGUACUUGUGCGUAACCAGGUAAUUAUAGUGUUAUUACUGUUUUAACUUUAUAAGGGAAUUCACCACAUCACAAAUGUAGUGAGUACAUGAAAUCUAAUUGUCAAGCACAUGAUAUGACCUUGGAUCUUGGUAUGAUGAUUGUUUGUAUUUUAUUUUUGGUCAUUUGUUAUUUCAUUGUGCUUUCUGUUUGCACUUUAUGACUUAAUUUUAAGACAAACACGUCCCUGCUCAAUGUUGCUAUUUUUUUAAGUGAAAUGAACAGGUGCAUUUGCAUGUUUUUGUUCCAAAAUUCAAUACAUAUUAAGUAAAUUCAAUGAUAAAAGCUGGAACAAAUGAACUAAAUUCUGAAAUGUAUUAAAUUGUCAGUCAUUGUAUUUAAGUGCGAAAUAUCUUAAAAUUAUGUAUUUAUUUACAAAUACGUUAACAGGCAUUUAUACACUGGUCAUAAAAUAAUUUCUAUAAUUGUUUCAGAUGAUCUUUUACGCAUUUAUGAAUAUAUCAAUUAACAUUUUAGUUAUUCAUUUCAAUGAGCUGACACAUAUUUUCCAUUUCAAGGCUGUAGAAUGCUAGAUUAUUGCUCCCAGCUUGUAGAUUGGUGUUAACAUUGUUUGAUUGUAGCCCUUUGGUUUAUAUUUCGGAUGAUAAUGUGGCCACGUGGUUGCCUUGUGUGAACCAACAAAAUAUAUCAUUCUUUGAGUGAGUUUGACUGUC